CAACCCGCGCCCGCGCAGCGCAUUCAAACCGCGGCGGGGAGGCCGCCGGCGCCAUGGAGGGGCGGCAGCGUGGCUCCGCGCCGUACCGAGCCACCAGGCUGUGGAAUGAAAUUACGAAAUAUUUCCGAGCAGGCAUGCCAUUAAGGAAACACAGGCAACAUUUCAAAAAACACGGAAGCUGUUUUACUGCAUCAGAAGCUGUAGACUGGCUCCAUGAAGUAUUAAGGAAUAACAGUAACUUUGGUCCUGAAGUUACUAGGCAGCAGACUGUUCAGUUAUUAAGAAAGUUCCUCAAGAAUCAUGUAAUUGAAGACAUAAAAGGGAGAUGGGGAUCUGAAAACUUAGAAGACAAUGGUGCACUAUACAGGUUUCCUUCGACAUCUCCAGUUAAAUCUCUACCAAGCUCACGUCCACCAAAAGAGAACUUGGAAAACUUCUCUAGAGACAAAGAAAGAUUUCUUAAACUGCCAUAUUUAUCCAGAAGUGUUAAAAAACAUGAGUUACUACAGUCUCUGGAAAACUUAGGAAAAACAAAUUCAGAUAUGACGAAGGAAAGCAAGGAAGACACACUGCACAGGAAGGAAAUAAGCCAGGAAUAUGUGCAAGAAACUUGGAGAAGUAUCAUUCUAAUACAUUUGCAAACCAUUUUAGGCCUCCCAUCUUUGGAAGAAGUUUUGCAACCAACACAGAUAGUUCCUGAGUAUGUCAUAUACAAUAUGACUAACACAAGCAAGCAUGGUGUUGUUAUUCUGCAGAACAAAUCAGAUGACCUCCCUCACUGGGUGUUGUCAGCUAUGAAAUGCCUCGCAUACUGGCCUAGAAAUAAUGACAUGAGCCAACCAACUUACAGUGGGUUUGAACGGGAUGUAUUCAGAACAGUUGCUGAUUACUUUCUCAGUCUUCCUGAACCGUUACUUACUUUUGAAUACUAUGAACUUUUUGUUAAUAUUUUAGUCAUGUGUGGCUACAUCACAAUUCCAGACAUAUGCAGUGGAAAACAUUCUGUCCAAGAUGAGAAAUGUGACCCACAACCUUCAAAAAUUCUUCACUUGAACUCUUUCAAGUCAACUGAGUGUCUUCUUCUAAGCCUACUUUGCAAAGAGCCUGACAAAAAAAAGAAAGACUAUGAAGCUUCCAGGAGGUCCUCUUCAGAAGAGCUAACUAUUCAACAACAAUGUGCAAAGAAAUUGGUGCAAUAUAAACAGUCGUGUAAACAAAGUAGUGCUGACAAUCUAGUAGGAAGAAGUUGUCAAAAUCUUUCAGGUUUCAGGAAUGAACAAGAUCCACCACAAACAUUUAGGACAAGGUGUUACUCUUUGGAAAGAAUUGGAGAUACUAUUUCAAGUGUAUGUGGUAAAGGAGAAUCUGAUUCCCACAGGCAAAACCAAUCACUACUGUACCAGCAUGAAGCCAAUUCUAAAUUGGAGCUUGAUUUUGAUAACACACAUCAAAAACAAACCCAUAGUAUCGAGAAAGCAUCCACCUCAGCUCUUCAGGGUGAAGAGCUGUUCAAUGAAAAACAUGAGUCAAAGCAAAUGUGCAGGUCUCUGAGUUUACUUGGCAAGAGGAACUCCAAAAGUUGUGCGAGCAUUAAUAUGCCUGUUGCUGAAAUCACAGUAAAGCCAAGAUCUCAACUUUGUGGGCAAGGAACACCAAAUACCUCUGGUGUGGCUUCUUCAGUGGACAUCAGGACUGAGGUUUCUGAUAUCACCAUCAGUAAGAGAUUCUGCAAAAGUACCACAGAACUCUCAGAGUACUCUUUCACACACUCUUCUUCUAUGCUGACUGGCACGCAAAAUCUCCUUCAGCCUCAUUUAGAAAGAAUUGCCGUUGAAGCACUACAGAUAUGUUGCUUGUUGCUUCCACCACCAAAUCGUAGGAAGAUUCAGCUUCUAAUGCGUAUGAUCUCUCGGAUUAGUGAAAAUGUUGAUAUGCCACGACUGCAUGAUGCAAUGGGAACGCGCUCUUUGAUGAUACAGACUUUUUCUCGAUGUGUACUGUGCUGUGUGGAAGAAGUAGAUCUUGAUGAGCUGCUUUCUACACGAUUAGUUUCAUUUCUAAUGGACCAUCAGCAAGAAAUAUUUAAAGUACCAACUCACCUACAAGUUGCAGUGCAAGAUCACAUAGAAUACAUGAAGAGGGCGCAGUGCAAAUAUCAAAAGGAAGAAAUCUGUGCCAUAUUGCCAACGUAUUCCUACUGCAAACAAAUAACUCCUCAAGAAUUUGAAGAGCAGAAGGUUUCUACCUCUCAAGCUGCAGUGGCAGAGCUCUUGGAGAACAUUAUCAAAGAUAAAAUCUUGUCUGUGAAAGAUAAAAAGAAAAAGUUAAAACAGUUUCAGAAGGAAUACCCUCUAAUCUACCAGAAGAGAUUUCCAACUACAGAAAAUGAAGCAAUGCUACUUGAUAACAAACCUACCAUCAAACAACCAAUGCUCAGCCUAAGAAAACCAAGGUUUCGUAGCCUAAGAUAUUAAUUUCAUCACAUUUCAACUGCUUUAUUUGCUGGCUGUAUGUGUGAAUGGUUUACCAAAGGGCACUUGCUACAGAAACUUGAUGGUGGCUGUGUGUGUAAAAGAAAGAAAUGUUUACAUAGACACUGUGUUGAAAUGUGCCAAAAUAACUUGGGUUUUUUGUGCAGAUAACUUUUUAAUAAUUCCUAAGAGAGAAAUAAGUAUUUAUCUGUUUACAAACUAUUAAAAUAUAUUGUGUUCUGUAAAAUAAAUGUGAAAAUAAGCAUGAAGCUAUUAGUAGCAAAAAAAAUUAUAUAUGAUUUUCUUAUGGGAAACUAACAGUAUGCAUAUUAUUGUAACUUUUUAAAUGUCUUUUCAGGAACUCAUGCCAUUUAUAGCUUGUGUAGGUUUUUAAAUCCUUGUAUGUUAUUAAUAAGUGCCUUCUUUUGUAUUCUCAAAUUACUUGUCUUUAAAAAAAAAAAAAUGCUCUUUGAGUUUGGGACUAACUUUAAUAUUGGUUCUAUUGUUUCCAAGGGAGCCAGUAAUUCAUUAUCAAUAAAUAAUUAUCUGACUCUGUAAAAUACUUCUGUUCAUCUCAUCUGUAACAUUGACAUAAGCUUUUGUGUAAUUAUUUAUAUUAAAAAUCUUACGUAUAUUUUUAACAUGAGUCACCAUCACCAGAGGAAUUUAAGAUGUGUGGGUGUGGCACUUUGGGACAUGGUUUAUUGGUGGACUUGGCAGUGUUAGGUUUAUGAUUGGACUUGAUGAUUUGUAAAAGCCUUUUCCAACCCAAACAAUCCUGUGAUUCUGUUGUGCCUGCACAUGCAGACUCUUAAAUAAUUGUUGCAAAACCAGUCAUCAAAAUUAAAGUAAACCUCAACUAUUCCUCUCUUCACCUGGUUGGAAGUUUUUGGCAUCCCAUGGGGAGGCUGCAUUGUAUGCGUUUGUACACUGGCUUAGAUACUUUGGUGUUAGGAAAGAGGGUCUCCGCUGGGGAUUGUGACUUAUUUUUGGUGUCUUUGUUUAUAACUGCUAUGGUCUGCAGCCAUGAGACUGCACUGUGCUUCUUUUGGGCUCUUCUCACUGGAAAAAUGAGGCAAACCCACCUUUCCAUUCUGCAUCUGAUACUCAAUUGUGCAUUUGUGUGUGUAAGUAUGCAAUUAACUACAUCCCAGAUUAGCCUGGUGUUGGCUUUAUAGGAAUAUGGUGUGGCAGAACUUUUUCUGAUAACCAUGGUGUAUCUGGCACAAUACCAAUUUUGCAAUGUGUCACAUUGCUCUUUUCCUUUGGAGGAGGAAGGCUUUGUAAAUGAGAAAUGACAAUCAGCCCAGUUUUAGCUAAUGCUGGUAAUGCUUGUGUGUCCUGUUGAUAACUUUACUCUUUUAUAGAAGGUAACAGAUGUUCAUCCUCUGUAACUCCUGUAGUAAAGUACUUCUAAUAAUCCAAUGCCUGCCUAAACUUGCUUCUAGU